CCCCACCAGCACCACCACCAAAAUGACAUCAACCUUCGCUUCCACCCUCCACGACUCGACCCUCUUCGUCGACAAAUGCUACAUCAACGGCGCCUGGGUCCCCAGCCAAUCCGGCCAAACCUUCCCCGUCACCAACCCCGCCGACGAGACCACCUUAGGCAGCUGCCCCGAAUCCACCGUCGGAGACAUCCAGACCGCCAUCGCCGCCGCGGCCGCCGCCUUCCCCGCCUGGCGCAGCCAGUCGGGCCGCCAGCGCGGCCGCAUCCUGCGCAAGCUGUACGACUUACUCGUCGCGAACCAGCGGGACAUCGGACGGAUCAUCACGGCGGAGAACGGCAAGGUCCGGGGCGACGCGGAGGGCGAGGUGCUCUUCGCGGCGAGCUUCUUCGAGUGGUUCGGCGAGGAGGCCGCGCGCAUCUACGGCGACGUGAUCCCGCACAGCCACCCGGCCAGCCGCGUGCAGGUGCUCAAGGAGCCCGUCGGCGUGUGCGGGCUCAUCGUGCCCUGGAACUUUCCCUUGGCCAUGGGGGCGCGCAAGAUCGCCGCCGCGCUGGCGGCCGGGUGUACCGUGGUGCUUAAGUCGGAUGGGCUCACCCCGUUCGCGUCCAAUGCGCUGGCCGUGCUGGCGGAGCGGGCCGGGGUGCCCAAGGGGGUGUUGAAUGUCGUCACCGCGCUGGAGAAUACCCCCCAGCUCGGGUUGGCGCUGUGCGAGAGCGAGGCGGUCAAGAAGAUCUCGUUCACCGGGUCGACGCGCGUCGGGAAGCUGCUCAUGCGGCAGAGUAGCAACACGCUCAAGAAGUUGAGUCUGGAGCUGGGCGGCAAUGCCCCGUUCAUCGUGUUCGAUGAUGCCGAUGUCGAGGUCGCGGUCACGGCCGCCAUCGCGAGUAAGUUCAAGGUCACGGGCCAGACGUGCGUCUGCGCGAAUCGCAUCUACGUGCAGGAGGGGAUCUACGACCGUUUCUCUCGGCGGUUGGUGGAGGAGGUGCGCAAGUUCCGGGUGGGGAAUGGCUUGGAGGAUGCGCAGGCGACGCAUGGCCCCCUGACCAACGGCUGGGGCAAGACGGCGGAGCAUAUCCGGGAUGCGGUGGGGAAGAAGGCCACCGUGCUGCUCGGGGGCAAUGCGCUGCCGGCGUUGGGGCGGAAUUUCCAUGAGUUGACCAUCCUGGGCGAUGUGGAUGACUCGAUGCGCGUCACGGCGGAGGAGACCUUUGGCCCGCUGGCGGCGCUGAUCAGGUUCAAGACGGAGGAGGAGGUGCUUCAGAGGGCCAACAAGGCUGAGGUUGGGCUGGCGGCGUAUGUCAUGACCACCGACUUGGCCAGAUCUCACCGCGUCUCGGAGGGGUUGCAGACGGGGAUGGUGGCGCUCAAUACGGGGGUGAUCUCCGAUGCGCCGGCGCCGUUUGGGGGUGUGAAGCACUCGGGCAUGGGCCGCGAGGGAAGCAAGUACGGCUUGGACGACUAUCUCACCAUCAAGAUGAUUGUCACGGGGGGGAUUCUCACCUCUCAUUUGUAG